AGCAACACAGUCUCUUCAUUGAACUCCUGGAGUAGAUAUGUAUCAGAUCGGCUCUGAGAGGGAGUCGAGGUUUCUGAAAAGUUGAUCUGAGCAAAAAGGAGGACUUAUUUUUAAAGGAGCACGUUAUAAAUUUCGAAUAAGGAAGCUACCUGAAGAGCUGCUGGGAGAUUUCCAGUUCAUAUUAUGAUGAACUUAUGGAAUAAGACACUAACUGGAGUUAAAGUGGACAAAAAGAGACGAGGCGAAAUGAGGAAGAAGAAAGUUUCUCGUGUCUGCUUGUUGCUUCUGGCUUUGCUCCACGUCGGCACUCCCUCCUCAGCUCAAAACACCAUCACUGCCGCACCAAACUCUGCAGGUUUGGGUUACCGCACACGUCCAGUAGAUGUCUUAGUGGCUGUAGGAGAACCUGCAGAAUUUCGCUGUGGAGUCCCUGCAACAUCUCCAAACCUCACAUUCACCUUCUACGGGAGUCACGGCAACUACAGCCUCACCUGUCCUCAAGGCCACGUGGAAGAUAUCCCCGAGGCUCUCUAUGGAAGCUGUGAUAUGAAGGACGGCGAGUCGCUGGCUGUGUGGACCCUCAGGGGAACCUCCUUCCCUGACAACGACACCAAAGUUGUUUGUCAGCAGUUAAAGAAUCCUGAUGCCGUUGCUGCCGUCCUGCAUGUUUAUGAUGAUGGUACAACUUACUCAGUUCUCAUUGGCUGCGUCAUCGGAGGUUUCUUUGGCAUCCUGUUGGUGUUUGGUUUGUUAUACGCCGUGCUGUACAGAUCUGAGAGCUUCUGGAAGUGUUUCAGGGGGACAGAUACCGAGGACGACAUGACCUCAAUAGUAACAAAGGACUAAAGGAGGACACAGAGAAGACUUUCUUCACAAAGAGGAUAGAAACCAGAACUAACUGCGUCUGUUUUUUAAUUCUUAGACUGAUCUAAAUGAGGGGAUAAGUGGCUGACCCAGAUAUGGAGAUAAUGUUGUUUGAGACACUAGAAUCAGUGUGUCCUUCGAUAGCAUCAAUUCCUUGUUCUGUCUUCAGUUACUAGACCUUGCAAUGUUGUUCUCUAAUGUUUCUAAAACAGUUUACUGUGUAGAAAGCAGUAUGAAGUUUUUAAAAACACAUGUCUGAAGAGCAGUCUUUCUAGAUUAUUGCUCUAAGUGAAGUGUUUAACUGAAUGCUCAGUGGUUUUGGUCACAGGAACACUGCAUCAGUUCCUGCAGGCUGAGCUACCGACCAGAGAUGUUACAGAGAUGUCAUGAAAGUGCUGAGCAAGUGAUCACAAAAAGACUGUCUGUAGACAGCUGCUGGUUAAAAGAGGAACAGGGGAGUAUCUGAACUUUGUGCUGAACUUUGUUUUACAGCUGUAAACUAACAGACUAUUAAAGAUAAUAAACACGCUCCGCUUAAAACAU